AUGGGGAAGCAUCGGUCGCGAAGCCCGGCAAAGGUCCAGAACUCCGAUGAAGGAAGCUCCGGUGUGCCUAUCUCGAACAGGUUUGCUGUUCUCCCCAUGGAUGGGAAUAUCCAGCCGGCUGUGUUGGAAAAACGCAGCAAGAAAAGGAAGAAGAACCGAGGCCAGUAUGAUGGCACGAUUGGUCGAGACGAUGCCUCUGCGACGAACGGAGAUUUCGGUGACGCUGCCGAUAAAGAACAUGCUGCUGACAUUUCAGAAGCCGUAAUCCAAAUCAGAGGAUUUUGCGCUGCCACCAUGAGAAAGCAGCAGAACUAUCAAAUAAAACUUGAAGUUUGCAGUAUUGCAAAAAAAAUAACAAAGUCACAAUGUGGCUGCGUUGCUGGAGCAGGAAACAGCUCUGCCUGCAAGCAUAUAGCGGCGCUUUUAUGUUGUAUUGAAGACUUUAUAACGACUGGAGUAGUUCUACAAGACGAGGGGUGCACAAAUGCGUUACAAAUUUGGCAUCGGCCCCCUAAAAACGCCCCAAGAAAAUCAGUCAACGAGCCUAUCAACAAUAUUUUUUCAGUGCCGUUUACCCCCAAAACUAGUCUUAGGCAAGGUGAUGCUACUGAACGGUUAAUGAACUUAACCGUUGCUUAUAAUUUAAAUCCCAGCAUGCACUGGAGUCUGCAAGCAAAUAUGCACGGAAUUGCUAACGACCAUCAAUACCUCGAGAAGUCUAUUUACGAGACCACGGUAGAUAGACUGAAUUUUGUCGAUGAGGCAUUGGUGAUCAAUAUGGAGGAAUUGACUCGAGGACAAAAUACAUCGCCGAAAUGGUUCGAGGCGAGAAAAUCUCGAUUGACGGCCUCUAGAAUUAAGGAUGUAAUAACAGCCAUGCAAACUGCAUCGAAGAAAAGCACGGCAUGUAGUGUCAUUCCCGCACGUUUCAACUUUAAACGUGCAACUCUUCAAAACAUACCGGCGAUUGCUUGGGGAACAAAGCACGAGGAUAUUGCUUUUAAGGGUUUCAUUAAUCAUCGUUAUAAUUCAAAAACAUUUCGAAAAUGCGGAAUAUAUAUCGAUACGCGAAGGCAUUAUUUAGCGGCAUCACCAGAUGCCAUAAGCGAGUGUGGCAAUGAAAUUGUUGAAAUAAAAUGUCCUUAUAGCAUUCGUUAUAGUGAAGCGGUUAAGGCGCCGUUUUUGGAUACAGACGGACACCUAAAACCAAAUCAUAAAUAUUUUUACCAGAUACAAACGCAGAUGCACGUGACGCAAACGAAGGUUUGCCAUUUUGUUGUUUAUACUUUAAAAGGAAUCCAUACAGAAAUCGUACAGUACGACAAAGAGUUCAUGGAUAAGGUUUUACCAACACUGGAUUCGUUUUAUAAAAAUGUAUUUUGUGAGGAAUAUUGUAAGACUUUCGGGUUUGAAGAAAAAUAA